AAAUUUUUUUCGGGCAAAGCAAAAAAUUUAUGUCCAAAAGAUGGCCUCCAAAGAUGUAGAUGAUGAUGAAGAUUUUGAUGAGUUAGAGGAAGAUGAUAGUGAGAUAGUUGCAGGUAUGGGGUCUCUCACACUUUCUCCGGACGAAGCUGGAAAGAGAGUCACUUGGGAAAAGGAACAAAGUAAACUGAAAAGUCAACUAAUCACGGUUGAUUCUCCUGACGUCCGCUCAUGGAGGAAAGGAAACAGUUUAUUUUUUGGACUCCACAACAUUGCUGGUGUUGAUAUUUCAUUUGUGAAAGGAACACAGAAAGCUUGUGCAAUGAUGGUCAUACUUACAUUUCCUGAUCUGAGGGUGGCACACAUUAGUAAGGAAAUAGUAGAAAUGACAGAACCUUACAUACCAGGGUUUUUGGCAUUUCGUGAAGUUAGCUUUCUCAUGGAUCGAUUGGAAGAGAUAAAGGGGAAUAACCCUCACCUUAUGCCACAGGUAAUAAUGGUAGAUGGCAAUGGAAUACUGCAUCCAAGAGGAUUAGGAUUAGCAAGUCAUUUUGGAAUAUUGUGUGGUAUUCCAUGCAUUGGAGUUGCAAAGAACCUUUUCUGUGUUGACGGCUUACAGAAAUCAGCAGACUUCAAAGAAAAGAUUAGCAAGCUAAAAAAGAAAGGUGAUAGCUUUGAUUUGAAAGGAGACUCUGGCAAACUUUGGGGAAAAGCUGUCAGGACUUCAGAUGAUGCUGUUAAUCCUGUAUAUGUUUCUAUUGGUCAUAAAAUCAGUUUGGAGACAGCCACAAAAUUAGUGAUUGCUUGUUCAGUGAAAAGAAUACCAGAACCAACUAGAAAAGCUGACUUGUUGUCAAGACAGGAGCUAAGACCAAAAUCAAACAGAAAGAAACAAUAUUAGUCGUGAUAAUUAUUAAUCAAUUUUUAUAUAUCAAAACUUUUAAUGUUAUUUUUACAGUUUU